ACAGUUUGGGGGCGUUUACAAAAAGCCGUAACAAAAGCACUGAUCUCUGAAGGCUCCAGAAGCAGUGGGCUUACAAACAGGACUUACUCUUUCCUAUCCUAUGUUUAUUUCAGCUGUGGAUUUUUACAACACUGUAAAAGUUGUUCAUUUGAACAUUAUGAUGCGGUACGUUAUUCUAGCAGCUCUUCUGCCUCUAUUGGCUUCAGCAGCUAUGGUACCAAAUAGUGAUGACCAAAGCAUCGUACGGACGUUUUCUGGAUAUUUCAGGACGGUCACAGACGAGCCGUUUGAGUAUCUGGAUGUGCAGGAAGGCAGCGGUUCAGGCUCCAGCCCAGAGCACGAUAGCGAUCACCGCCACUCUGCUGGCAGACGAAAGUUUUACAUCUCCAAACAAGCCUCUGAGUUCCUGACCAGCCGUUUAGCGACCGUCUUCAUCCCAACCAUCUACACGCUCGUCUUCAUCAUCAGUGUUCCUCUAAACGUGCUCGCCGUGGUCAUGUUUAUCCGCCGUAUACACCCGAAGAAGCCGGCUGCGAUCUAUAUGCUGAACUUAGCCUGUGCGGACCUGCUGUUCGUUGUGCUGUUGCCUUUCCGAAUCGCUUAUCAUUACAAUGGAAACCACUGGAUCUACGGCUCAGCCAUGUGCCGCGUGGUCACUGCAGCUUUCUACUGCAACAUGUACUGCUCAGUGCUGCUGAUCACGUGCAUCGCCGUUGACCGCUUCUUAGCCGUGGUUUAUCCGAUGGACUCGCUGAUGUGGCGCAGCCCGAAAACCGCUUCAGUCACGUGCGCUGCCAUGUGGCUCCUUUCCAUCGGUGGUGUCACGCCUCUGCUCGCGUCCGAACACACCGUGCACGUGGCCGAACUGGACAUCACCACGUGCCAUGACGUGAUGGACAUCGAACAACUCCGCGGCUACUACCUGUACUUCUUUCCGAUAUUCAGCUCACUGUUCUUCUUCCUCCCGUUUAUUUUCACCACAGUGUGCUACAUUGGCAUAAUUCAAACGCUGCGCGCACUCAGCGAGGAAAACCGAUCACGGAGGUCGCGCGCCGUUGCCAUGGCAGCAACGGUGUUAGCCUUGUUCACCGCGUGCUUCGCCCCAACCAACAUCAUCCUGCUGUCGCACUACGUGCGAUUCGCCGGCACGCAAGACGACGCUUCAUAUGCUGCUUACCUCGUAGCCACGUGUGUAGGAAGCCUGAGCUGCUGCAUAGAUCCGCUUAUUUAUUAUUUUGGCUCGUCGCAGUGUCAGAAGCAGGUGCUGGCUUACUUCAAGUGUCGCUCUGCACUAGAACGCUCGCAGCUCAGCAGCACCAGCGGCAGCACCACAUCCAGCAAGCUGGAGACUUUCAAAAGCAACUUAAGCAGCCAGUACAGAAAGCUGGUUGCGUGAACAAACCUCACGACUCAGUAAAAAGAGUAACUCUAUCAUGAUGUGCCUUAUUCUAGCCAUAAUGACUGCGUUCUUAAAUACACUUUUAAACCACAGUCUCUACUGCAUAGAUUUGCUUGUAAAAAUAAGCUCUAUCUAUUUAGAUACCCUGCCAUACAGGCCAGGAACCUGUGUAUAAAAUUGUUUUUACAAUCCACAAAGAAGCAUCUAAGCUCCUAAGGGCAUCUAAGAGCUGUGUCUUGAUGAAAAAAUAAAUAUUUGAGGAAAUACUGGGAUUGGGGUAACGUAAAGAUGUCAUUUUAAUAUAUUUAAAAUGACAAACUCUACUAUUGCAUAUGUAUUAUGUAAACAAAAUUUAUUGUUACAGGAAAUGUGCAA